UCACCCUUCUCUCAUCAGCAGACACCACACACACACCACCACCACGCACGUUUGAUGAAAGAUGGCAUUUUUUGCGCAAGCUGUCAAACUUGCAGCAGAGAUUUACCCACAAUCUUCUCCGCACAAGGCGUUUCAUUAUGGGACGGCUGGAAUCAGAGAUAAGGGAGAAAUCCUGGCACCGUGUAUGUUCCGCAUGGGAAUCUUGGCAGCAUUGCGGUCAAAAUAUAAGAAAGCCACCAUUGGCACAAUGAUCACAGCGUCUCACAAUCCGGAGGAGGACAAUGGCAUCAAGCUAAUCGACCCCAUGGGGGAGAUGAUGGACACUGACUGGGAAAUCUUGGCCACGGAACUGGCUAAUGCUGCGAACGGAUCCCUGGAUUCAGUGCUGGACCGUAUAGUAGCAGCCACGGGUAUGGACCUGUCACAGCAGGCAGUGGUGGCUCUGGCAUAUGACACGCGCACCAGCAGCGCUCAUCUGGCUCAGGCUGUCACUGAUGGGGCCUCGGCUGUCGGCGCCAUUGUCAACAACUUUGGCUGCUUGACGACGCCGCAGCUUCACUACAUUGUUUGUUGUACAAACGACCCGGACUAUGGAGAGCCAACAGAGGCAGGAUACUUCGCAAAGAUCACCAGUGCCUUCACACACAUUCGGGCUAACGGUUCAGCCGUGAGAAACUACGUGCCAUUCCUACGCCUCGAUGGAGCCAAUGGAGUCGGAGCGAUCAAGAUGAAGACCCUUUUACCGCAUCUCGGAGGACUGCUCAAGGUUGAAACUUUCAACGACGGCACACAGGGGAGGCUAAAUCAUAUGUGUGGCGCCGAUUUUGUCAAACUCCACCAGAAGGCACCAGAAGGCAUUCCGCUCGACGCUGGAGUCCGUUGCGUUUCGUUUGACGGCGAUGCAGAUCGCAUCGUCUACUUUUACCACGACGAAAACCUGGUCUUUAACCUGCUGGAUGGUGACAAAAUAGCAAUACUGGUUGCAAGUUACCUGAAGGAGCUUGUAGAUGCUGCACAAAUAAGUUUGGACAUGGCCAUUGUUCAGACGGCGUAUGCAAAUGGCAGUUCGACAAACUAUAUCACCAAUGUUUUGAAACUUCGCGCCAAAUGUGUUCCUACUGGAGUGAAGCAUUUACACCGGGAAGCUCAAAAGUUGGACAUUGGGGUUUACUUUGAAGCCAAUGGUCAUGGGACUGUGCUGUUCAGUCCGAAGGCUCAAAAAGUAAUCCGAGAUGCUGCAGAGAAAGUGAGCUUAUACCCUGAGCAGCAGCAAGCAGCCCAGAAGCUACUUUACACCAUGAACUUGAUUAAUCAGACUGUUGGUGAUGCCAUUGCUGACAUGCUGCUCGUGGAGACGGUUCUUCAUGCUAAGGGCCUCUGUACGCCUGAGUGGAAUGCCCUAUACACCGACCUUCCGAAUCGUCAACUCAAGAUUCGCGUUGCCAACAGGAACAUCAUUACCACGACGGAUGCAGAGCGACGUUGUACGACACCAGCCAAUUUGCAGCCUGCCAUUGACCUGUUAGUUCAGAACGUUCCUAACGGACGAUCGUUUGUCAGGCCUUCGGGGACAGAAGACAUAGUGCGGGUGUAUGCAGAAGCCAACACUCAGGAAGCUGCCAACAAGCUGGCUUAUGAGGUCGGCAUCAAGGUGUAUGAGCUGGCAGGCGGUGUUGGCGAGAGGCCCAAACUGUGAGGGUGCCUUUGCACAGACAGUAGCUGUAAAUUUUUGUACUCUUUCCUCAGCAUUCAAUGCUCUGUAUUUGUAGAGACUCCACGGACGCCCCCGAUAUUUUUUAUUGUGGCAAAUUGCGCACAAUUUGUAUGUACAUAACGCCGUGUCUGCAUCUCGUGGCACUGCUGACAGUGAUGACAAUUCCUGUUUUGGGGGGAGGUGUUAGUUUAUGUACUUUCGUACCCUUAAAGAAGAUAUGUAUUGCAUUUGGUCUCAUGAAUGCGUUAUUGAUUGUUGCACUGAGUUGAUGGAAAUACUUAAUUGUGAGCCAUCACUUGCAUCUAGCAGUUAUGGCAAGUCGUAAUUUAAGUUGAGUAUAUUUUAGGAAUGCAGGUACGCUUCUGUUGUUCCGCAAUUUUUAUGCGCGCAUUGAAUAAAUGAAGGAGAUUCCCUCGGA